CCAUAGAUGAGAAGUCUCUCCCCGCGCCUAGAGUAGCCGGAAAUCAGUUCCCAUUUCUACCGGAUGUUAGUAGAAGGUAGAUAGCUGCGAUGAAGCCCGCGGUGGAUGAGAUGUUCCCUGAGGGUGCAGGUCCUUAUGUGGACCUCGACGAGGCUGGAGGAAGUACAGGUCUGUUGAUGGAUUUGGCUGCCAAUGAAAAGGCAGUACAUGCAGAUUUCUUUAACAGUUUUGAAGAUAUGUUUGAUGAUGAUGAUAUCCAGUGAAAAUCCUCUUAACUGUACAGCAUUAAAUAUCUAGACCUCUAUGUUCAAAACAAAAAGAAGCUGUGAAUAUUGUGUCCAAGAUGGGAAAAAAAUCACAACAUGGCUAAAGAUGGAUAAAGGCAGAACUGUAGAGCUGUUUUUCACUAGGAAAUAAGUAGAUGUACAGUUUUGUAGGCUUGCUUCAAUAAAAUGUAGAUAGAAUCUCUUGUGUAUGGGUAUACAAUUGACCAGAUGUUGUACCACUCAAAGAUAUGGACUUGUCAGUUUGUUUCAGAGAUUGUUUAUAUGGGCCACUUGGCAUUAUUAGGCAUUUGCUUCUUUGUUAAUUUAGAAAUAGUGGGGAAGGGGGGAAUUUAAUACCAUAACCCUAAACUUAUUUGCUAGCAGUUGACACUGGAGGAUUAGUGGAAUUUACUUCCAAGUGCAUGAACCAUAUGAAUUAUCUAGGCCAGUGGUGGUGAACCUAUGGCACCCCAGUUCAUGGACUACAAUUCCCAUCAGCCUCAUGCUGGCAGGGGCUGAUGGAAAUUGUAGUCCAUGAACAUCUGGAGUGCCAUAGGUUCGCCACCAUGAAUCUAGGCAGUCUCCUGAUGUGCUAAACAAGAUAAAUAACAUAAAGAGAAGCCACUGGGAAAAAUAUGAUUUCACAUGACUGUACUCAGCUGUAUUUAUGUGUAAAAGUAUAACAGAGGACAGCAAUGCUAGUAGGACCUAAAUUAUUGUUGAUUAUCAUCAUUUGAGAAUUUGAGUUCAGAAAGAGGUCUGAAUUUUCUGUUCAUUUUGAACAGCUGUCCCAUAUCUCAGAUUGUUUUUAAGUUACCACAAGUUUCAAAAGCAGUUUUCUAGGCAAUUUCUGUUGCUGCAAUUAAAAACAAAAUUGAAAGCUCCACCACA